GCCGUGCCGUGCCGAGCCGUGCCGUGCCGUGCCCGCGGCAGGAGCAGCCGCCUGCCCCUUGGCGGCGGCGUCCCCCCGAGCGAUGCGGCGGGCGGCCCGGGCCGGCGGGCUGCCCCCGGCCUGGGCGCUGGCCCUGGCCUGGGCGCUGAGCCUGGCCGGCAGCCGGGGCCUGGAGAACGGGCUGGCGCGGAGGCCGCCGAUGGGCUGGCUGGCCUGGGAGAGGUUUCGCUGCAACGUGGACUGCGAGGCAGACCCCGAAAACUGCAUCAGUGAGAAGCUCUUUUUUGACAUGGCAGACCGCCUGGCAGAGGAUGGCUGGAGGGAGCUGGGCUACAAAUACAUCAACAUUGAUGACUGCUGGUCAGCAAAGCAGCGGGAUGUGGCAGGACAGCUGGUUCCUGAUCCCAAGAGGUUCCCCCGAGGGAUCAAGGCCUUGGCUGACUAUGUCCAUUCCCGGGGCUUGAAGCUGGGCAUUUAUGGAGACCUGGGCACUCUCACCUGUGGGGGCUACCCGGGCACCACAGUGGACCGUGUGGAGCAGGAUGCCCAGACUUUUGCGCAGUGGGGUGUGGACAUGCUGAAGCUGGAUGGGUGCUAUUCAUCAGAGGAACAGCAGGCAGAGGGCUACCCGAAGAUGGCGAAAGCCUUGAAUGCGACAGGCCGUCCCAUAGUCUACUCCUGCAGCUGGCCAGCGUAUCAGGGCGGGCUCCCUCCCAAGGUGAACUACACCCUCCUAGCAGAGAUCUGCAACCUCUGGCGUAACUACGAUGACAUUGAGGACUCUUGGGACAGUGUGCUUUCCAUCGUGGACUGGUUCUCUGCACACCAGGACGUGCUGCAGCCAGCGGCUGGCCCUGGCCACUGGAAUGACCCCGACAUGCUCAUCAUUGGGAACUUUGGCCUUAGCUACGAGCAGUCACGCUCCCAAAUGGCCUUGUGGACAGUGAUGGCAGCUCCACUCCUCAUGUCUACUGACCUCCGCACCAUCUCCCCGAGUGCCAAGGAGAUCCUGCAGAACCGGCUAAUGAUCCAGAUCAACCAGGAUCCCUUGGGAAUCCAGGGACGUAGGAUUGUCAAGGAGAAAUUCCAUGUCGAGGUAUUCCUGCGCCCGUUGUCCCAGGCUGCCAGUGCUCUCGUCUUCUUCAGCCGGAGGACAGACAUGCCGUUCCGCUAUACCACCAGCCUGGCCAAGCUUGACUUCCCAGAUAACGCUGUGUAUGAGGUCCAAGACGUGUACAGCGGUAAAAUCAUCAGCGGCUUAAAGACAGGAGACAACUUCACGGUCGUGAUUAACCCCUCGGGAGUGGUCAUGUGGUAUCUUUACCCCAUGGCGCAGCCCUGGCGCUUAGUCAGGCAGCAAGGCCCCAGGGGAGGUGUCCGCCCCAUCAUCCUGUGACAGUGCUCAGCACUGGGGGUGUGAGGAGCACCUUUCUCUGUGCUGCUCAAGUGCCUCUCACUGACAUUACUGACAGUGCAGGGGGGGAUGAAGUUUGCUAUUGCUCCGGUACAAACUUGAUUUCUACUUAAUCUGUGUAAAGCAGGUCUUCUUGUUACCCGCUUCCUAAGAGUGGUGCGCAGCUUGAUUCCUUGGUGAUUGCAAAGUGCUCCUGUGUAAAAAUGCCAUAAAAACAGUGUCUAGCCACUGUUUGAGCUUGGCAAGGUGGGUACCACAUACGACUGCAGAAGCUGUUUUAACUGGACCUGCAGAAAUGCUUUAGAUGCAUGUGUGUGAUGGAGUUACUCCCAAAAGUCAGACACGAUUACCUUCUCUCCUUUGCUAUAAUCAUCUUGGCUCAGAAUGGGUGUCAGUAUGCCUUCACUGCUCCUGUGUACCCUGUGUGAGACCAAGAGCUCAUGGAGGCAGCAUGUUCCUGAGCACAGAGUGCCUGGGUGCUAGCUUUGCUUGCAGGCCUGAGCCUGCUGGUAGCAUCCCGGAGGCCAGCCCCACUACUGUCUAACAUGCAUGCCACAAAAAAAAAAAAAAAAAAAAAAAAAAAGCAAGCUAAUAAUGCCAAUCCUUCAAUCUCCUACCAACAGACUUCACUGCCACAGUGCUGGAGAAGGUCUUUAGUCAGUGGGUCAUCAUGGUAUUAAGGUCCUGCUACUAUCAGUUUACAACAGAGCAGAGCAAAAAACAAGAAUGCCUAUGCAGAACCCCAGCAGUCUUAUUGUGGUAUAGCUUAAAAACCUGCAGCAUCAUAGCAUGUUGUGCCUAUAACCAGUGGUGGCGAGUUACUGAUCUUUAGAGUUGUCAGAGUCACAGGUGCCUCCAAGCUGCAAUCCAACCUUACUUUAUUUCAGCAGGAUAAUUGAUUUUCCUGCUGAAAAAGGGCUCAUUCCCUCCCCAGCCAGCUGAACACUCCAGGGUUUCUCAGGGAACAGCUCCUCCUUCUCCAAAGGAGAGCUAUAUGCACAGCUCCAGUAAAAGGAGGAGUUAGCACUAAACACCCUGGAGGGGCUUGGAGUGGGUUGUGAAAUGAGCCCUGGAACCCUGAACUGAUUCAUUUUGGUACUUGGGCUGUGCCUGACAGUACAUAUCAUCCUACAGUGGAGGCCGAGUACCUGCAACUGCUACCACAGAAGUUAGUCAUGUUGGACCCGCACAAGGAGGAAAACUGCCGUCCCUCCCAGGCACCAGAUCCUUCUGUUUCACGCAUGGAGAAAAGCCGUGACAAACAACUGAAUAGAAGACUGUUGCAGGGAGGAAUGUCUCAAAACACUGUGGAGGGAUUGAGCGAUGCAUAGGGCUGUUUCUUAUCUUGGAGACAAAAUGUGGCAGGUGCUAUGCUCACUCUGGCCUCUGCUGAUGGACACAAGCUGAUGUGCACUGGUGCUUGCCCUUCCUUGGUUGUUGUAAAGAAAAUACAGCUUAAAAACCUACUCAGAAUACAGGUGAAGUUUAUUUCACCUGAUCUCAUGCACUUCAAUGUGUUGUCUCAGUGCCCACAAAGGAGCCAGCUGUCUUGCAGGAUCACUCGCUGCUUCUCCCACUUCUGUGUCAGAGUAGUUCUAGGAGACAAGCUAAAGACAAGUGCAGGCAGAACAGGUAUUCAAAUUUAGGUGAGAUAUGGCCUACCUACCUCAACUGACUCAGGAGAGAGGUGCAACAUUUGUUAAAAUUCCUCCCUAAAAGUACAGGGCAACUAAGGGAGACUGAUAACAAAAAUAGACUCAGAUUGGGGAAAUACCACAUACACACAUGCAAAAAAAGUUUCCCCUUUCAAGUCAUGCCAGAUGACAAAGAAGGGUUGGGAGCCUACCCCAGUUCUUGAAGCACCAAAGGGCUGACUCUAGCCACUCGCAGCAGCUUUCUCCAAGCACAGCAGCAAGACACUGAAUGCUUUGCAGUGCCAAUAAUUAAAACAAAACAAAAAAAUCUCCAAAACUCCAUACUCAUGUACAGGAGCUGGCUUUGUUCUUGCUAUAUGGUUUAGACAAUUUAAAUAAAAGGGAAGCAGGUCACA